CCUACUGGUCUCCCAGUGUCGUUAGGUUACCUUCACUAUUCUUAAGCAAUUCGACAACACCGUACAGUACUUGCUUCGACUUACUGUAUUGUGCGUUGCAUUGCCCCUUCAUCACAUCAUCAACAACGUUCACUGGUAAAUGGUGCGUAAUUUUCUUCUCAUUGCAAGAUUAACUGCAUCGUUCACACACCACAGAAGUACCCCAAUCCAAUUGGGUUCUAUGCUGCAACACAAACACAAUGCUUCAAUUUUUUUCUUCAAUUCCUUCACUUCAGGAAUCUCUUCUGAUUCUGAAUCAGAUGAUGAAAACCACCACAAAGGUGACACCUUUACUGUGUCUUACCUCAUCAACUCAUGGGGGUUGUCCCCAAGACGGGCCAGGGAAAUCUCCAACAGGAUCAAUUUGAAAAACCCAGAUGGCCCAAACGCUGUUAUUGAUCUUCUCAACAACUAUGGGUUUGAAAAAACCCAUCUUGCAAAACUUGUGGAGAGAAAGCCCUCAGUGCUUCUUGCGGAUGCAGAGAAUACCCUUUUGCCUAAACUCAAGUUCUUCCGUUCUAUUGGGAUUUCCAACACUGACAUGCCUAAAAUCCUAAUUGCUAGCCAUAAUAUGUUGUUCAGAAGCUUGAACAAAUGCCUCAUUCCACGGUAUGAGAUCCUAAAGAGUGUACUUCGUGACAAAGGGGAAGUUGUUAGAGCUUUGAAAAAUGCCCCAUUUAGUUUUACGUAUGGUGACAUGAUGAAACGCUUGGUUCCAAACAUUAGGGUUUUGAGGGAAUCUGGUGUGCCUCAAGGUUCCAUUUCUUAUCUGUUGAUGCAUUCUGGGACUCUAGCCUACAGGGACCAUUCCAAAUUUGUGGAAGCUGUCAACACUGCUAAGGAAUUUGGGUUUAAUCCUUUGAGAAGAACUUUUGUCGUGGGUGUUGAAGUUCUUGCCAUUAAGAGAUGGGAAUCAAGGUUUGAGGUUUAUGAGAGGUGUGGCUGGAACCGCGAAAUAGCUCUUCGAGCAGUUCGAAAGUUUCCCAGUGUUGUGAAGUUGUCAGAGGAAGUGUUUAUAAAAAAAAUGAGUUUUCUAGUGAAGGAUAUGGGUUGGCCAUCAGAAGAUAUUGCUGAAUAUCCUCAAGUUGUAACGUACAACUUGGAGAAGAGGAUUAUCCCUAGAUUCUCGGUAAUCAAAAUGUUGAAAUCAAAAGGUCUGCUCAAGAAUAAUUUGCACUUUAGUGGCAUUAUUUGCAUAACCGAGGCGAAGUUUUUGAAGAAAUUUGUCAUUAGUUUUCAGAAAGAUUUGCCUUUCUUGCCAGAUUUCUACAACAGUUUGGCAAAUCAACAGAAUGUAUUAUAGGCUUUGAAGGCUUUUGCUGGUUUCAAUGUGGAGAAUAUGAACCAGUACAAGAAUGUUAUAAUAUCAUUAAUGCGGAUAAUUUGCUUUAUGGGAGGCUCCAUUAAUGCAUACCAGUUAGGCGUUCUCAUUGAGAAUAAUCUUGUAUUCAUGACAUAUAGAAUUUCACGAGUUCGUAAAAAACAUGCUUAAUACGUAAUGAUACAUUCCCCAUGUAUCAUGUAUGCAUGUGUCUAAGAUGAAGAAGCACUAUUGAAUGUUCAGUUUCCAAUUUUGGUUAAUUGUCAAAUUUGAAACAUGAUCAGAAUCAGUUGAACAUCGAAACUACUUUUUAAAGAAGAUAAAUUCCCGUGGGAAAGGAGGCUAGGUCUCCCAGGUGUUAAGUAGUGUGUAGUAUAAAAGUUUAGUGUGAUUAGUUUGAUUAGUAAGUGGACAACUACUACAAGUAGUGUGUAAUAAUAUUAUGUUAAAUAGUUAAUGAGAAUAAUUCAUUUUUUCAUCA